UGAUAUUCGAUAGACACGUAAGCUUGUAAAGGAAAGGGACUUGGAAAAUGGGGUUGUUUGAUCGGUUGGCCAAUAUUUUCGGCCUAAGGAAAAAAGAAGUGAACGUAUUAGUUGUUGGACUUAAUAACAGUGGUAAGUCGACGGUAAUAAAUCAUUUCAAACGCGAGGAAGAGCGGUGUAUCGAUAUUGUCCCUACUGUCGGGUUCAAUGUUGAAAAGUUCGCAUUUAAAAAUGUGCAUUUUACUGCGUUCGAUAUGUCCGGUCAUGACCGCUACAGAUCGUUAUGGGAACAUUGCUACAAAGAUUGUCAAGGCAUUAUAUUUUUAAUAGACAGUAGUGACAAGCUGCGAUUGGUUGUCGCGAAAGAGGAACUCGACAUGCUUCUACAACAUCCAGACAUAAUUGGACGCAAGAUUCCUAUACUUUUCUUAGCGAAUAAAAUGGAUUUGCUAGAUUCUUUGACCACGGUAAAGUUGGUUGCCGGAUUGGGCCUUGAAAGAAUUUUGGAUAAGCCUUGGCACAUUAGAGCGACGAAUGCCGUUAACGGAGAAGGUUUACAACCAGCCAUUGAAUGGCUUACCGAUCAAAUUAGAGAUAUUUACAUAAACAAGAGAUAACGCUUCAUAUUAGCAUGAUCUGAAGUCCAAAACACCAUUUAUUAAUAUUAGGACAGAUUUUCAUCACAAAUUCGGAUUACAGUACGAUGGCAAAGCACAGCAAACACUUGAAGCUUCAUAUAUAAUACAUUUAUUUUAGUUAUCAAGUUCGUAAUCCGGCACUUAUAACGUACUUACUAAUGAAAGUAAAUCGAAUAUUUACAUAAAAAAUAUGAUUUAGGCAGUCUUCGUCGCAUUGCAUAAAAUACAUGCAUGUCAUCGCAGAUUGUGCGAUGAAAUUCAUAUAUACUAUAUUUUGUCUACAAUUGUAAGCUCAAAUUUUUGCAUACAAUAAUCGAAAUGAGAUAUUCAUAAUAAUUUAUACAAUGUACGUGUAAUAUAUUAUAGUUAUUGUGAUUAUUGAUCCGUCCAAAUAGAAGAAUGUAUAAUUAUAAAUAGCUAGAUAUUUAAUAUAUUUAAUAAUAUUACGCUAAUUUUUGUAUUUGUACAUACCAAAAUUCCAUAAGUAUAACAUAAUACAUCACACAACGAUAAACGUACACGGUAUACGUAUAAAAAACAAUAUGAAGUUAUUAAAUGUGAUUAUAUAUUUAUGAAUUCUAUGAUGUGUACAAUUGUUAAUUACAUACUGCAGC